CUUGGCUGUCCCCCACCCGCAGCACGAACGAACGAACACAACGAAUAACUUUCUUUUUGUUCCUCAUCUGAAAACCUCGCAAAUCACCUCCAGGCCAUAUUCCAUAUUCUCCAUCUCGGUUUCAGUUACCUACCACCAACAGAAGAAUCAGGUAGCGGAAAGGCAAAUUUAGCUUAGCCUUUGAUUGCCGCUGGGCUCGGUUUUAGUUCUUGCUCAUGUCACCUCAUUUGCCUUCGAGAAACCUCACGUCGAAUUUUACUAGCACGCCUCCACCGUUACCACCGCUAUCACCACUCUCGUUAAGAGACAGGCUGCGGACCACAUAAAAAAUAUACCUGGCCUAGAACCUCGCUACAUUUACAAGACACACGCAGGCACAACAAACACACAAUACACACACACACAACCCCACAAACAGAGAUAUAUAUUCUAGACAACGUCAGCAAAAAUCGUAAAAUAAUCAGGGGAGAAAACAAACCCUGAUAAUCAUCCAAAUUUUCGAAAAAUGGCACCCAAGAAGAAGGGCGGCAGGAAGCAGCAGGAGGACUGGGAGGCUGAGCUUGGAGAAACCAUCCCACCCACCGACGCUGCUGCCGCCGGCGAGAACGGCAACGAUGCUACCAACGAUGCAAAUGCAAACGAUAAUAACAAUGACGACGACGACGGAAUGUCCGGCGGCCUCUUAGCAGCGCUCAAGAAGAACCGGAGCAGGAAAGCCAAGAAGGGCAAGGAUAAUGACUUUGUCGAAGGCGAAGAUCCAAUGGCUGCUGAUGCUGCUGCUGCUACUGUUAAGAGCAAAGAGCCGCAAGAAGCUAGCUUUGAGGAUGAGGACGAUGUAUUUUCGGGGAAUGCUGCUGCGCGGCAACGGGCGAAAGACAAAGUGGCUGCGAUGAAAGAAAAGGCUAAAGAGGCGGAGGAGGGAGGAAGGUUGAAGUCUAAGAAGGAGAAGGAGAAGGAGAAGAAGGAGAGGGAAAAGCAGAGGAAGAAGGAGCAGGCUGCGAAGAAGAAGGUCGCUGCCCCAGCUGCUGCCCCCGCGCCAAAAGCUGAAGCCGCUAAGCCUGUUACUGACGAAAAACCUGCCGCUCCCUCCGCUGCUCCCGCUGCGGACACUGGUGCGAAGAAGAGGAAAGUCCCGGCCCAUCUCGCUGCGAUCCAGAGGCAACAAGAGGCGCUGCGGAGACAACAAGAGGAAAUUGCCCGCCUAGAGGCUGAAGAGAAGGCCGCGGCUGAAGAACGGGAGAGGCAAAUAGAAGAAGAGGAGCGGAAAAAGGAGGAAGCUCGACAGAGGAGAAAGGAAAAGGAGCGGGAAAAGAAAGAACAGCUGAGAAGGGAGGGUAAAUUGCUCACCAAGGCGCAGAAGGAGGCGCAACAGCGCAACGAGCUCCGGAAGCAGCAGAUGCUUGCGGCCGGUGCGGUAGUCCAGGGAUUAGAAGAGCCUGUGGAAAAGAAGAAGCCAGUAUAUGAAAAUAAGAAGAAACGCCCCGUGAAGAAACAAGAGGAUGACCUCGAGGCCGCUGCUGCUAGAGCUGAGGCUCAACGACUAGAGCUUGAAGCUGAAAGGGCUAAGAAAGCCGAAGAGGAGCGAAAGCGUGCAGAAGACAAAGCCGCUGCUGAAGCCGCUGCCCAGGCUGCUGCGAAAGAAGCCGAGGAUGAUGGUAUUAAAGAAAGCUGGGAUAUUUCAUCGGACGAAGAAGAGGCGGACCAUGCGGACCAGGCGGACCAAGACGAGAAGCCAGGUGCAAAUGGCGCCGCCAAGGCGGAAACAUCCCCCGAAGAGUCUGAGGAGGAAUCAUCCGAGGAAGAUGAGGAGGCUACUGCAACUCAGCGAGCUCUCGCUCAGAAAAAGGCAGAGGCAGCGGAAAGACGAAGGAAGCAGCAUGAAGAAGCCCUUGCGGCACGGUCAGAGGAUAAUCUCCGUUCUCCUAUCUGUUGUAUUCUUGGACAUGUCGAUACUGGUAAGACAAAGCUCUUGGAUAAAGUCAGGCAGACAAAUGUGCAGGAGGGAGAGGCUGGUGGUAUCACCCAGCAGAUUGGUGCCACAUAUUUCCCCACGGAGGCCCUGAAGCAAAAGACAGCCGUUGUCAACAAAGACGGCUCUUUCGAAUUCAAAGUUCCUGGUUUGCUUGUUAUUGAUACACCCGGGCACGAGUCGUUCUCCAAUCUACGUUCAAGAGGCUCUUCGCUCUGUAACAUCGCCAUUCUGGUAGUUGAUAUUAUGCAUGGCUUGGAACAGCAGACUCUCGAGUCCAUGAGACUCCUUCGUGACCGGAAAACUCCCUUCAUCGUUGCGCUGAACAAAAUCGAUCGACUCUACGGUUGGAAGAAGAUCGACAACAACGGCUUCCAAGAUAGUUUGGCUCUGCAGAAUAAGGGCGUCCAGAAUGAGUUCAGAGACCGAGUCGACAAGACCAAGCUCGCGUUCGCCGAACAAGGGUUUAACUCCGAAUUGUACUGGGAGAAUAAGUCCAUGGCUCGUAACGUGUCUCUCGUUCCUACCUCCGCGCAUACCGGCGAAGGUGUUCCCGAUAUGCUCAAGUUGCUCGUUGCCCUCACACAGGAGCGCAUGACCAAACAACUCAUGUACCUUACUGAGGUUGAGUGUACUGUUCUGGAAGUUAAAGUGAUCGAGGGCCUUGGUACAACCAUCGACGUUGUCUUGUCAAACGGUGUGCUGCGCGAGGGUGAUCGCAUUGUAAUGUGUGGUCUAAACGGACCCAUAGCGACGAACAUCCGCGCACUACUAACACCGGCACCACUUAAGGAACUGCGUCUCAAGUCGCAAUACGUACAUAACAAGGAAGUCAAAGCAGCGCUUGGUGUUAAGAUUGCGGCCAACGAUCUUGAACAUGCUAUUGCUGGUUCCCGACUACUCGUCGUUGGACCGAACGAUGACGAGGAAGACCUUGAAGAUGAAGUCAUGUCCGAUCUGGAGAAUCUACUCAGCAAGGUUUCUAAGGACAACCGCGGCGUCAGCGUGCAGGCCUCCACCCUCGGUUCCCUCGAAGCGCUGCUCGAGUUCCUCCGCGUCUCCAAGAUCCCCGUCGCAAACAUCUCCAUCGGCCCCGUCUACAAACGCGACGUCAUGCGCGCAGGUACUAUGUUAGAGAAAGCCAGACAGUUCGCCAUCAUGCUUUGUUUCGACGUUAAAGUUGACAAAGAGGCGCAAGCAUACGCUGACGAAGUCGGGAUCAAGAUCUUCACUGCUGACAUCAUCUACCAUCUCUUCGACGAUUUCACCAAACACAUGGAGCAGAUCGCCGAGCAGAAGAAGGAGGAGAGCAAACUACUCGCCGUGUUCCCCUGCGUCCUCAAUACCGUUGCUGUGUUCAACAAGAAGGACCCCAUCGUCAUCGGUGUGGAUGUCGUCGAGGGCUCGUUGCGCCUCCUCACACCCAUCGCUGCCGUCAAGACCAACCCAGUCACUGGCGUGAAGGAGAUUAUUAGUCUAGGCCGAGUUCAAUCCAUCGAGCGCGAACACAAGCAGAUCCCUCUCUGCAAGAAGGGCCAACCGUCCGUGGCCGUGAAAAUCGAGGGCCCCAACCAACCGCUCUACGGGCGCCAGCUCGAGGAGAAAGACACGCUCUAUUCUCUCAUCUCGCGGCCUAGCAUUGAUACGCUCAAGGAGUUCUAUCGAGCUGAUGUUUCGAUGGAUGAAUGGGUGCUUAUCAAGAAGUUGAAGCCGUUGUUCGAUAUCCCUUGAUUUCGUUUUUUAUUUUAUAUAUAUAUUCUUUUUUUUUCACCCCAUGUCUUUUAAGAAUGAGGACUUUUUACGUUUUUACAAUUUUCUCUCUCUCUUGCUCUCUUGUGCUUUGAUCUGGUUUGGUUCCUUCAUAAAGACGGCGAUGCGUUUAUCAUAUCUGAUCUUUUUUGUCUGCUUUCCUUUUUAAUGUAACUUAAACCUGGUUCUGAAAAGAAAAAAAGCCUGUCAUGUUGAUUUCUUUAUAUCAAAAACCAUUUUAUUUUACUUUCCCCUCUCCCCUCUUGUUCACUCCCAUUUUCUCUCUCUCUCUCUUUCUCUACUUCAAUGGCUCCUUUUUUUUCUUUUCUUUUCUUUUUUUUUUUUUUUUUUUUC